UUGUUAGUCACAGUGCCGAAGGAAAAAUUAGAAAUCUGCCUUGUGAUUGUGUAUGAAUACCCAGUGGAUUAUAAACAUAUGAAGCAUUCUAGAUGUCUGUUUCAAAAGCUUUUCUUCUUAAUAGAAUGAAUGGAAUUCUUAAGGUGGAAAUUAUAAAUGGUGAAAAUUAAGGAACAAGGAUUGUAGAUCUUUUUCCUUUUCUUUCUCGGCGAAGGGUUAUGAAGUUUUUGAUUUUGGAGAGUAAUUGGUUUUACAUGCAUUGGAAGUUAUUUGAGUGAAGCUUUUGUCUCUAGGGCUAUUUGUAUGCUUUCUACACAUUUUGUGUUGAGAACAUUCCUUCUUACAUUCUUUACCAUAUAACUGCAGAAUUAUAGACAAACACAUCCAGAAGUCACAGUUCUCGAUCCUCCUGAUGCUAUACAACAUUUACGCAAUCGCCAAUCAAUGCUACAAUGUUUUGCGGACAUGAAUUUAUCCAACUCCUAUGGAAAAGUUGGUGUUCCUAGGCAAUUAGUAAUUAAAAAAGAUGCAUCAUCCAUUGCUGAUGCUGUAAACAAAGCUGGGCUGAUACUACCCCUUGUGGCAAAACCAUUGGUUGCUGAUGGAAGUGCAAAGUCACAUGAAUUAUCACUUGCUUAUGAUCAAUACUCUCUCCAGAAACUAGAACCUCCACUUGUUCUUCAGGAGUUUGUUAACCACGAACUUCCCCCUCGCCCAUUACUUGAAAGACUGGCCAAAGAGCUUCGGAGGCGCCUGGGUCUUCGGCUCUUUAACCUAGACAUUAUCUGGGAACAUGGGACCAGGGAUCAUUUUUAUGUCAUUGACAUAAACUACUUUCCUGGGUAUGGGAAAAUGCCUGGGUAUGAAUAUAUAUUUACAGAAUUUCUCUUGAGCCUAAUGCAGAGUAGAUACAAGAAAAUAUCGAGCUAGAAACUUUGUGAAAGCCUGGGACACUCCAAAGCAUCAGAUGACGUUGUUAAUAA